AUGGCCUCAGGGAACAGCAUGCCAGGCCCAGUGUGCCUCAUUGAGAACUCUGAUCAGAAGCUAGUGGUUAACCAGGAAGCCUUGGCGAUCCUGUCUGCCAUUCAGCAGCCUGUGGUGGUGGUAGCCAUCGUAGGCCUCUACCGCACGGGCAAAUCCUACCUGAUGAACAAGCUGGCUGGGAAGAACACAGGCUUCUCUAUGGGCUCCACAGUGCAGAGGCACACGAAGGGGAUAUGGAUGUGGUGUUUGCCUCAUCCCAAGAAGUCAGACCACACCUUAGUUCUACUUGACACCGAGGGCCUGGGGGAUACACAGAAGGGAGACAACCAGAAUGACUGCUGGAUCUUUGCCCUGGCAGUCCUCCUCAGCAGCACCUUCAUCUAUAACAGCAUGAGAAUCAUUAACCAGUAUGCCAUGGAUCAGCUGCACUAUGUGACGAAGCUGACGGAUCUAAUCAAAGCAAAGUCCUCACCUGAGCAGAGUGAGGUAGAUGACUCUGCGAACUUCGUAGGCUUCUUCCCAAACUUUGUGUGGGCUCUGAGGGAUUUCUCCCUGGUUCUGGAAGUUAAUGGACAGCGCAUCACGGCUGAUGAGUACCUCGAGAAUUCACUACGUCUGAAAAAAGGAAUGGAUCAGGAAACCAAAACAUUUAAUGAGCCUAGGCUGUGUAUACGAACAUACUUUCCAAAGAGGAAGUGUUUCAUCUUUGAACAGCCUGCCGAAAUGAAGAACCUUUCCAAACUAGAGACCAUGGAAGAUAGUGACCUGAGCCCUGAAUUUGUAAAGCAAGUUUCACAGUUCACCUCAUACAUCUUCAAACAUUCUGAUGUCAAGACUCUCUCCGGUGGCAUCAAAGUCAAUGGACCACGUCUACAGCAUCUGGUGCUGACCUAUGUCAAUGCUAUCACCAAUGGGGAACUGCCCUGCAUGGAGAAUGCAGUCCUGGCUUUAGCCCAGAUAGAGAACUCAGCUGCAGUGCAAAAGGCCAUUGCCCACUAUGAACAGCAGGUGGAACAGAAGGUGCACCUACCAACAGAAACCCUUCAGGAGCUUCUGGUCUUGCACAGAGCUACUGAGAGAGAGGCUGUUGAACUAUUCAUGAAGAACUCUUUCAAUGAUGUAGACCAAAGGUUCCAGAAGGAAUUAUGGGCCCAGUUGGAAGCAAAGCGAGAUGAGCUUAUCAGGAAGAACAUGGACAUGUCGUUGGAUCGCUGCUCAGCCUUGCUGCGGGAUAUUUUCGCUCCUCUGGAAGAAGAAGUGAAGCAGGGGGCAUUUUCUAAAUCAGGGGGUUACCAUCUCUUUCUUCAGAAGAAGCAGGAACUGGAGAAACAGUACAGGCAGGUUCCUGGAAAGGGUGUACAGGCAGAAGAGAUAUUGAAAAAGUACUUUGAGUCCAAGGAGGUUGUGGCUGAUACACUUCUAAAGACCGAUCAAUCACUGACAGAAAAGGAAAAGCAGAUUGAAAUGGAACAGAUAAAGGCUGAAGCUGCAGAAGCCACGGCCAGAGAAUUGGAAGAAAUGCAAAAGAAGCAUGAGCUGCUGCUGGAACAGCAAGAGAAGAGCUACCAGGAGCACGUGAGACAGUUGGUGGAGAAGAUGGAGCAGGAAAGGGAACAGUUAAAGGAAGAGCAUGAAAAAAUUUUGUUUCUCAAACUUCAGGAAAAAGAACAACUUCUCAUGGAAGGAUUCCAGAAAGAGAGCAGCAAACUUCAGCAACAGUUGGAGAAAAUGAGGAAGAAAUGGCAGUACCCAAUGUGUACCAUUCUUUAA